ACCUAGACAACCUAGACAACAGUUGGCUGUCUUCGGCUACCCUCUAGUCUAUCCCUACCUGCGUACCUGCUGCCAUUAAUAUAGUCUCUCGCGAGGUCUCACGAGAGUAGCAUAGCGCCUUAGCGAUGACGGACGCGUCGGGCUUACCGGGCGCUACUAUGGGUCAGAGAGCAAUGUCGAGGCUGUUGCGGCAACGGGCCGAAGAGUUUCUCGCCUCGCGGAAACACGCCAAAGGAGCCUUGGAAGACAUAAUCGGCCAUUGGGACGAGUCCACCCACUCAUGCCUGCUAACGAUAGAAACGAUAUUCGUCAAGAUACUGAAACGCGGCGAUAUGUACCUCGAACGUUCGAUAACUCUUACCAUUUCGGAACCUAGUCCCGAAUCGCACUAUGUAACUUGGCUCAGAGAUCGCUACGAGGAAGUUUGGAAAAAGAUACUAGCAUCUAUAGAAAAGUGUCGAUCGACCAUUCAAUUGCAAGCCCUUAGAACUGCGAUAAAAUUGUUGACGGAAGAGGGUAAAGCGUCGUUGGAGCCACGCGACCAAUCAGGUUAUCACUUUCCUCACUUUCGUCUGAGGCUUAUCCUCAUGAAGCUGCUUUCAUCUCAAAAGGACAAUACAAAUUUAAUAUCGAGAUUCCAAGAGAUCACCGAAUAUCCCGAUGUUUUGUACUAUACGUGGAAAUGUCUACCCUCUCUUACCCUAAAGGGGCAACCGCAAGAAAUUUAUAUUAAGAAUUUAUUGGAACUUAUAGAUAAAAUACCACUGCCAAAAGAAGAAGAAGAAGAAGAUACUACAUUCACGUGGGAUCAGUCGACCGUUAAGCGUGCGUUAAACAAAGUCUGGGGCUGCGUUAUGCAUUGGGAACUGACGCCGCAGUUACACGAGCAAUUGUUACUGGUCUUGCUGGAACGAGUCAUGCCACAUCUAGAAAAACCGAUAUUAUUGACAGACUUCUUAAUGGACUCCCUAGAUGUGGAUGGUCCUAUCGGCGUGCUAGCUUUGCAAGGUGUAUUUGUACUGGUCACCAAGCAUAAUCUAGAAUAUCCAAAGAUUUUCACCAAGCUGUAUUCGAUGUUUGAACCAGAGAUUUUUCAUACAAAGUAUAAAGCUCGUCUGUUUUACUUGUCUGAUCUGUUUCUCAGCUCGACACAUUUACCGGAAGCAUUGGUAGCGGCAUUUGCGAAGCGACUCGCACGUCUAACGUUAGUCGCGCCGCCGGAGGAUAUCCUAAUAAUCCUCCUCUUCGUGGGUAACCUGUUGCUACGACAUCCGGGAUUAAAGAGAUUGAUCGACCAUCCACAGGGCGGCGAAGUCGCCUCUGGUGCAGGUGAUCCGUUCCUCAUGGAAGAACGCGACCCGUUACUGAGUAACGCGUUGCUCAGUAGUCUGUGGGAGAUCCGAGCGUUGCAAUGGCAUAUUCUUCCCAGCAUCGCCAGUGCAGCACGUUUCAUUCGAGAGCCGCUGCCCUCGGUUGAGUAUGAUAUGGCGUCUGCGUUGGAGCGUACCGGUGGCCAUCUUUUCGACCGCGAGUUGAAAAACAAGGUCAGAGAAAUCAUGUUGACAUUCGAAAGACCAAACUCCAUGGCGCUGUCGAGAGGAGAGAAACUGCUGCAAUAUUGGCAACUCACGAGCACGCAUUGAUCCCUUCCUUCUACACGCAGCGUGAUCGCCAGAGUGCAAUAUACGUGAGUGAGAAGGCGUCAUUGUCAAGCCUCGCGAUUCAGAUGAAAAAUAGACAUUUUGCGUUUUAUACAACGUAUCAAUGACGAGCGAAAGACGCGGCAGUGUAUUUUUCCGCGGUGUUGAACAUCUGUGCUUAAAAUAACGAGUUUGUACGUAAUUUCGAUUCGCACAAACGAGAAAAAGCUGCUUUUCGUUAUUCAUCUGAAUUAUACGUAAUACGAUAAUUUAUAUAUUUUAUGCGUAAACUAUUUUGUGAGACUUUCUUAUACCAUUCAACUCUUUCACUGUGUUCCUUGUACAACUUUAAUAAAAAUUGCUGCUGCCUUGUUACAGCAAACUUUUUGUCAAACUUGCCUAGAUAAAGUAGAAAGUCAACAUAUCGUAGGGACUUUGACAUAUCAUUGGUUUUUAUAUCUUACACAUAUAACAACGCAAGAAGAACGGGAAUAUAUAGAUAUCGAUUUAGCUAACAUCAGCAACCGCGGUAAUCUUCUGUUUCGACGUAAUUGACACAUUUAAUUUCACUACAAUGGUAAAUGAUUUACAAAAAAGGACUAUAGUUAUUCUUUAUUUUUAUAGUUUAAACUUUAAAAUAUAAACAUCGAAACGUAACGCCGUGCAAUAGAGUCUGUAUAUAAACGCAAAACUUAAUGUGUGUUGCAUAAUAUGAUUUGGUUUAUUUAUGACAUUCUAAACACUUUAUUGAUAAAUUAUAAAGAUAACACUAUAUAAUUUAUUUUUUGACAAUUAUUGAUCGAUGACGAAAAAGACAAGAAACAUUUUUGUUUAUAUUGAAAUAUUUUUUUAUUGAAAUCGGGGGGAGGGGAGAGGAGAGGAAGGGAGGUACAGGGAGAGAGAGAGAAGAAUUGAAGUAAACUAACCCGUUGCUUAUUCGGCAUAUUUCAAAACAGAAUUUGUAUAUAGAGUUACUUGUUAUAAUUUUAAUGUUUUGAAGAGAUAAAUCAAAACUUUUAAGCGGCGCAGUAAAAGAGUUGAAUUUCGUUCCUUCCAUAUUGCGAAGGCAAUAAAGUAACGAAAUAAAACCGUGCAUGAUUCAAUCUGACAUUCUAAAUAAUUUGCAUAAUUUGCAAAAUCCACAUAUAAAACACUAUAUCGAUUACAUUGAUUUAGCCUUCGUGAAUAGUGAAUAUGAUAUUUGUAUGCGCGCGUGAAAUACAAGAUAAUAAACUGAGAAUAUUUUAAUUUAACACAAAAUAA